AUUUCAAAUCAAUUAUUGGGGAAAUGGGCCCAAAUUAAAGUGGUAGCCCAAUUUUAAAUCAGUUUCCAGUGUCUACCCUAAUUUCCUCAUCGCGUCACCUUUUGCAGCUCAGAUCAACCAUAUCAUUUCUUUCAUCUCCGAUCUGCUCAACCCUUUAUCGAUCGUAUUUUCCGGUAACGAUUCAACAUACAGCUCAAUUGUCCCAAAGUUCCAGUUUUUCUGGUCGGAAAGUCGUCGGAGGCCAGGGUUUCGGAUUCCCCGUCGCAAAUUAGGGGAAUCAAAUUACGCUAACCGAGACAAAAUUCAGUUUCGAAAUUCUCGUUUCAGAUCGAUCCGUUUCAAUUUUUUCGUGAUCUUCAUCUUUCGAUCGCAAGUGUGAAGUUGGUGAUUUGUUUCAAGGAGAAGAUUUUAAACAUUGUUCUCGGAGCGGGGAUGAAUUGUUGCUUGAUCUGUUGAAAUUCCUGCAAUGUCCGGCUUACUUAAUUCUUCUCUGAACGGAUCUGCUUCAAAUCUUCCAGACGGUGCUGGGCGUUCUUUUACGACAUCGUUCUCUAGUCAGUCUGGUGCAGCUUCGCCAAUUUAUCAGCACACUGGUGGUAUUCAGGGGUUGCACAACAUGCACGGGAGCUUUAACAUUCCUAACAUGCCCAGUACACUAACAUCAAGAAACUCAACAAUAAACAGCAUGCCAUCUGGAGCAGUUCAGCAACCUACAUCAAGUCUUUCUAGUGGAAGAUUUUCAUCAAAUAAUCUACCCGCUGCUCUGUCACAGCUAUCGCAUGGAAGCUCUCACGGACAUUCAGGAGUCAACAGUAGAGGAGGUAUAAAUGUUGUAGGAAAUCCUGGAUUUAAUAGUAGCACAAAUGGAGUUGCUGGUUCUAUUCCAGGGAUUCUCCCAACUUCUGCUGCAAUUGGUAACCGUAAUGCUGUUCCAGGAUUGGGAGUAUCCCCAAUUUUGGGAAAUGCAGGUCCGAGGAUAACAAGUUCGAUGGGAAACAUGGUUGCUGGGGGAAACAUUGGGAGGAUAAGCUCUGGAGGAUUGUCCAUUCCUGGUCUUGCUUCACGUUUAAAUUUAAAUGGAAGCAGCGGAUCUGGUGGCCUAGGCGUGCAAGGACAAAACCGAUUGAUGAGUGGCGUGCUUCCUCAAGGAUCUCCUCAGGUAAUUUCAAUGCUAGGAAAUUCUUAUCCAAGUGCUGGAGGGCCACUUUCUCAAAGCCAUAUGCAAGCAGUACACCACUUGAACUCUAUGGGGAUGUUGAAUGAUUUGAAUUCCAGUGACAGUGCACCCUUUGACCUCAAUGACUUCCCUCAACUAUCCAGUCGUCCUAGUUCUGCUGGGGGGCCUCAAGGACAGUUGGGCUCUUUAAGAAAACAAGGUCUUAGUCCUAUUGUACAACAAAACCAAGAGUUUAGCAUUCAAAAUGAAGACUUCCCGGCUUUACCAGGAUUUAAAGGUGGUAAUGGAGAGUUUACUAUGGAUAUGCAUCAGAAAGAACAACUUCAUGACAAUGCUAUGUCAAUGAUGCAGUCACAGCAUUUCUCCAUGGGAAGGUCUGCCGGUUUCAGCUUGGGAGGGUCUUAUUCAUCACAUCGUACUCAACAGCAACAACAGCAUACUCCUGUCAGUAACAGUGGUGUCUCUUUUUCAUCUGUGAACAAUCAAGAUCUUCAUCUGCAUGGGUCAGAAGUUUUCCCGUCUCCAAACUCUACGUAUCAUUCACAGACCAGCGGACCUCCUGGCAUUGGAUUAAGGCCAUUAAAUUCUCCAAAUAAUGUUUCUGGUACGGGUUCAUAUGACCAGCUCAUCCAGCAGUAUCAGCAGCACCAGAAUCAGUCCCAGUUUCGCCUUCAGCAAAUGUCAGCUGUAAAUCAGACCUUUAGGGAUCACGGCAUGAAGUCUAUGCAAACUGCACAACCAGCUCCUGAUCCAUUUGGUUUGCUUGGCUUGUUAAGUGUAAUCAGGAUGAGUGAUCCUGAUCUGACAUCUCUUGCUCUUGGAAUUGAUCUUACAACACUCGGAUUAAAUUUGAAUUCAUCAGAAAAUCUUCACAAGACUUUUGGGUCUCCUUGGUCCGAGGAACCAGCUAAGGGUGAUCCAGAGUUUAGCGUGCUUCAAUGUUAUUAUGCUAAACCACCUCCUGCCCUACACCAAGGGUAUUUUGCAAAGUUUACUUUGGAUACAUUGUUUUACAUAUUUUACAGCAUGCCCAAAGACGAAGCACAACUAUAUGCAGCAAAUGAACUGUACAAACGGGGCUGGUUUUAUCACAAAGAGCAUCGCAUGUGGUAUAUAAGAGUUCCCAACAUGGAGCCGCUUGUCAAGACAAACACAUAUGAAAGAGGAUCUUACCACUGUUUUGAUCCAAGCACUUUUGAAACUGUCCGGAGGGAUAAUUUUGUUCUUCAUUAUGAAAUGGUGGAAAAGAGACCGUCUUUACCGCAACAUUAAGGAGAACAUAGAAAACCUUCAGUGUAAAGCUUUUUAUGUAUCAAUAUAAUUUGUUAUUAUGCAAGCUAUUUUAUUUAUACAUUAGUGUAACUUUAA